GAUAUCGACGAGUGUGCUAGCGGUACUGAUGACUGUCACAGUUCACGUGCUUCAUGUACAAACACAGUGGGAUCCUUUAAUUGUUCAUGUAACAGUUCUUACAUUGGAGAUGGCAGAACUUGCAAUAUACCAUCAGGUAUAAUUAGAAGAUUUUCACUUACCAAACCCGUACACUAGUGAGUGAUGCACCAUGCGCUGACCUUGGCUGCUUGAACGGUGUUUUACGUUUAAAAUUCAUUGACCGGUUUUGAGACCUUCGACCAAGUCUACUUUAAUGCAAUUUAUACUGUUACUUUAAGGGGAGUUAACUUUUUCAAGUUUGCCAAUUAACUGCGAUAGCAGUCACUAUCUCUAUGAAAAACCGAACAAGAAUAAAGAGGCGAAUUAUAACAGUUACCUUUAAUAUUUAACAAUUAUUCGCCCGAAGGCGAAGUUAAUAUUGUUGAAUAAUCCCCGAGACGAAGUCGAGGGGAUUAUUCAAUAAUAUUAACUGGGCCUGAGGUGAAUAAUUGUUUUAGUUUAUUCACACGAAGUGAUCUCAACAGAAUCAGAAAAGAAACCAUUAAAAAACGAUUAGUUUGGUUGACGGGUGAAUUCAUGCGUAAACACGAAGCCGUAAACAUGGGGAUGCGCAAAAGUUAGGCUUUACAGUAUCUUCAAACAUGGCAAAUGAUAGGUUUAAUCUUUUUGUAUCGAGUUUUGUAAGCUUCAGCAUCAACGGUUUAAAACAAAACGCCGAAAAUUUAAAUUACUACCCAAUUCAGAGAAGAAAGGUAGAGCUUUAUUUGUUUCUGUCAACUCACCGUGAAUGAGAAAGUUUUCUUUGUCGCUUCUUGCAAAUGCUGUCAACAGCGGUUACGAUCAAGGUGAGCGUUGUUUAUCUCCAAAGUUCUUUGCUUUGUUUACUUGCUGGCAAGCACAAGUUUCGAAAAUAUUUGCCUUCCUCUUUUCUCCAUAAAUUAACUUUUAUCUAUAGGCAAAAUUGGUCUUGCGAGAAUCCCGAAAUCACAAAACAGUGACAAAGCGACCUCGUUUUCCUCUGUAGUUGUAAACAUGGCUUCGAGCGUACAAAAAAGUCAGCUACAGUAAACCACUUCACAAUAAAUCACGCUGUUUAAACACCAUGAAGUCUUUUCUUACCUUCAAAGUCAUCAGCACUUGGAUAUUCGUGUAUUUUCAAAAAGGCCUUACUAUGAAACUUUGGCAAAACACCCAGUUCACGACAGCGAUUUUGUUCUGCUUUAUAUUCACCGCGUAGCGCGGUGAAUAUAACGUCAUAGUCCGAGAUAGGUAACCAAUCAGAUUGCUUGAAUUACCAAGAUCACUGAGUGUACACGAGUGAAUAAGUUUCUGAGUCAGAGGUACACGAACGAUUAUAUAUCAAAUAAUCGUUGUGGGAGAAAUUCUUUUUUUUGUUUUUUUUGUUUUUACUGUCUUUGUUCAUUUCCGUUUUUAUAGUAGUCUUAUGGACGUGAAUAGCUGACCCUUAAGCUGAUAUCAGGCAUCCUUGCUCAAUGCUUUUAGAAACUACGUUUUCAUUAUAAGUGACCUUGUAUAAAUAUAAAAAAGUGGUUAUACAGAGUGCUUUAUAAGAAAAGACCUUUCAGUUAACUGUCUUUUGACAAUAGAACUGGCACAGAAAAAAUCUCAACGUAGCAAAUACGCGAAAGGUUUAUAAUCAAUCUUUAGUUGCCAGAACGUUUUUGUAUAAAUGUCAGUAUUGAUGGUUACAAAAUUGAUGUCGUUACCUGUAAUUAUUAAUUAUGGUCAAUUCUGAAAUAUUCAAGCACCUUUUUAUAUAUGAACGGACCUAUUUUCCCUGGGAAAUACUCGGCAAAGCUAAAGGCGGUACAUGCGUCGAUGUAUUCCUGUAUCAAAAUUUAACGUCGUAUGUAACAGAGAUAAUUCAUCUGUUUACCGGCACAAGUUAUGACGAUGCCUAACAUAUACUGCUCAUGGGUAAUAAUGUUUUCUUCCUGUGUUGUUGUUGGUUAACAGUGAGGAUGUGAUUGGGGAAUUUAGAACAUGAAAUGCUCCCCUCUUUUACCUCGAGCUCGCCACACGUAAGGGAAUGCGGAUUCCGGAAUCCAAGAAAUUUUUGCUGGUGGAAUCCAGAAUCUAGGAAAUUGCUUGUGGAAUCCGGAAUACUAGGCUUUGGAAUCCGGAAUCCUUCUAAAGAUUUGAAUCCAGAACUUAAGUUCCACUGGCAAAGACUGGGUACCAGUACCUAGAAUCCGGAAUUCACGGCGUGAAAUCCAGAAUCCAAGAUUGUCUUGGAUUCCCUUAUGUGGGGCAAUCGAGCUGAUGUACAACUAAAUGAAACGUUGCUAGUGACUGAUGUUCUUUCUCCUCUUUGUGUCAGAAUGUCAGAACUACGGGAUUCUCAACAGCGGAAGCCGAAGGACUUCGUAUUAUAGGAGCUACUACUAUGGUUAUUAUUGUGAUAGCAGUCUUGGCCCCGGAUGGUUCCGUUUCCAGGGGUCUGCCGGCACAAGAAUGGCAACAUCAUGUCCAUCUUACCGAAGGUGUGGUACCUAUUCUACCGGCUGGCUAAGUGGAGGACACCCCUCAGUAGCGGACGGUCAGGUCACCAGGACGGUGUAUUUUAAUAAUGGUUAUUGCUAUGGUUACUCAACAAGCAUCAAAGUGAGAAAUUGUGGUUCAUAUUAUGUGUACUAUCUAAGUGGUACACCUACUUGUGAUCUCCGUUACUGUGGCAACUAA